UCGAAUUAUUUUUUCGUUCUAUCUUUCCUUUAUUGAACAAAAUACAAUGCAGCUUUACGUGUCUGUGCAAUCAACAAAUAUAACAAAUACAAAUAAUUGCAUAACUAAUGUGAAUAAACAACAUAAUAUAUACAUCUAAAAUGGUAUUUGAUUUCAAUUCCAGCUUAUUCUUCAAACUCAAAUCAAUUGUACACCAAUGAGCAGUUUUUUGCAGCUGUUGAACUCAUGCACAAUUGUAGGCGCAAUUAUUUAUAUAAAAAGUGAUAAAAGUAAGAGGGGUUUCCAUAAAUGCGGUUUGUUUAAUAUGAUAUGGUGCCUUCAGGAGAGUUGUGUUAAUCAGCAGACUGUGGCUAAUGGUUGAAACUGGCUGCACAAAAAACACCAUGUUCCACUCAAACGGAACCCCGGAUCAACAUGUUUUCCGUUUUUUUUAGUUAAAAUAGCUUCUAGCUGUCAAACACGACAUAAGAACAGUGAGUUACGAGGUUACGAGAAGCGGAGUGCUCUGCGCGUUGGACAGUUUGUGUCAUGUGGUCUGUGUGAAAACCCGUAUUGGAUCCCCGUGGUCACCUGGGCAAAAAACCUGAAGGAGCUGAGGAGCUGAUAGUCUGCAUGUGUGUGUCAGAUGAACACUGUACACAUGUAUAUGAUUGCCUUGGCAAAUCUAACACAAAGUCUAAGAAAUUAUAAGCAAAUAAUCCCCGCGUGACUGACUUUUAAAUGCAGAAAUAAAACGAGAAUAAAACGCGAUAAUGCACUAGAAAACUAUUUGCCCCAGAGGAGUCACGUGAAUGCUAGGUUACACUAUGUGAAAUAUUAAAAGGCAAAGGAACAUUUACACUGAUCAAAACACACAUUUAAACACAAUAUAAAAAGGCAGUAACCAAUCCACUCCGCAUCUUAUUGGCCGCAUGGCGCAGUCCACAGCUUUGCGCGGAUAAACAGCAGCUGUGCGCCGCGAGCAACAGAAAGGAAACCCAAGGAAAAAACAAUUCCAUCGAACAACAGGAAAUAAUCCUCCAGCCGUACAUCCAGGUUCAUCUGAAAGACUAUAACGAUCUCCACGGAGCACCGCCGCCGCCGUGCAGCUGCGUAAGCCCCCGGAGUGUGUGUGUUUUUCGGUUUUCCGCACAGACGCAGACGACUCCCUCCUGCUCAGCAGCGGCCUCCAUUUUAGCUCCUUGCCCGGUCGGUGCCUCACGUGUCCUGGACUGUCUUCCUCACAUGACCCGUGUGUUUGUCCCCGUGAUCAGCGCUUCCAUCUCCGUAAAUCAGUGUCGUUGAAUAUCGGCGUUUUUACCCUCGCAAAAAGCUUCAUGGAUAUGCUGGAGCAGAGUCUGGACAGCUCGGGGAGUCACGACAAACAGGAAACAGAAGAGGUGGUGCAGCUACAGGAAGCCUCACAGAUUGGAAACCUGUUCUGUGUUGCAGGAGAGUCGGUGGGCACGGUGGAGCAGACCGCAGUGACCAUCACCGGCGUCCCGCAGGCUGCGUUCACUGACCACAAUGUGCAGUACCAGUUCCGCACAGAGAACAGCGGAGGACAGGUGACGUACCGUGUGGUUCAGGUGACAGACGAUCAGUUGGAAGCCUCAGCUGAUGGGUCAGGGGCCGUCAGUGUGGUCUCUGCUGCAGCGUUUGCUGGAGCCCCCCAGGCAGUGGCACAGGCUGUCAUCCAGAACCCUUUCAGUAAUGGGGGCAGUCCUGGGGGGGAGACGGUGGGAGGAGAGACGCGUUUCGCUUAUUUCCCUGCCACCACCGUCAGCGAUGGAACCGCCGUGUCGGUGCAGACCACCUCCGACCCUACGAUAGCUCAGGCAGGAGGCCAGUUUUACGUGAUGAUGAGCCCCACUGAGGUACUACAGGCGGCCCCUCGUUCCCUCGCACCCCGCACACACACCUACACUGCAGACCUCGGUGAAAGCGAGAUGCUGCAGCAUGGCAGUUCUAACUGGAAGGUGGAGGGUCCACGGGCGCCCAGAGAUGAGAGGCGAAGAGCACAACACAAUGAAGUGGAGAGAAGAAGAAGAGACAAGAUUAACAACUGGAUUGUCACGCUUUCAAAAAUCAUCCCCGACUGUAGCUUAGACAGCAGGACUGGAGCGGUGAGUUUAAAAAGUAAAGGAGGCAUCCUGUCCAAAGCCUGCGACUACAUCAGAGAGCUGCGUCAGAGUAACCAGCGACUGCAAGAGAGUUACAAAGAGGUGGAGCGGGUGGAGAUGGACAACGAGCUGCUUAGACAACAGAUUGAGGAGCUGAAGAAUGAUAAUGCACUGCUUCGAGCGCAGCUACAGCAGCACGGCGUAGAAGUGAAUGGAGAUGCGACACCUCAGUAAUUGUGAACUGGACACUUAACCUCACAAACACAGUGUUUCAUCCUCCCACCCACCUGAACAAUACCAUGAAAGGAAGUACAACUAGAGACAAUUUCCAGCUGUAAUUGGACCACACAAACCGACACACACAGGGUUCGGAGAAAAGAAACAAUGAAGGACUGCAAACGCCUCCUCCACCUCCAGCUGUUGAAGGCUGAACGCUCUGAAAUCCGUUAACUGUGUAGCUCACUGAACCUCUCACCUCUGCUUCAAGGAACCUUUGCACAGCUCCAGCAUAUUUUCUUUUACUUUAAAUUAUAAAACUGCCACAGGAAAUGUUACUUUUAAUUAUUUCACCUUUUUUAAUGGAACCGCAAGCCUCUACUUCUUCCCUUUUUUGUUGACAUUUGCUGUGAUGGAACUACUAAAUGUGACAUGAAUGAUAGCUCCCCAUUUACUUUUAAUUUAUUAGUGUUUAAGGAAUAUGUACACAACAAAAAAAGUCAGCUGGUUCCAGAAAUGAUUCAAAAACACAUUUUUUGGAUAAUGCUCAUAAACUGUUACUAAAUAUAGUUCUACUGUCAGUGGGUCACAUAUAAAUAGUUGAUCUGUGUGCAAUUUGAGGUAACUUUUUACAAUUUCUGCCUCUACACUGACGCACCGAGCACAGAUCACAAAACUUUAUAAACCUAAUGUCGGUGAAUAUUAAAAAAGAAAUAUAUAUAUUACUUUUCUGACAGUCAAAGCAACUUCGAGUCAAGGAGGUUUUAUUUUGAGUGCUAGGCCUUAAUUGAAGCCUGCUGGAGAGUAUGGGUGUUAACAUAGCUCAGGUAAUUGGGAUAGUGCACUGCAAGUGGUUCCCAGACUCCAUGAAGUCUUGGAGUUUGGAUCUCUUAUGUGUCCCUAUUGGGUGCAAUGUACACAUAAUGAGAAUAAGGAGAUGAGGUGGGAGUCAUUUCUUAACGGCAUUAAAAUAAUAGUUGGUUUGUAUAUCUGCUUAAUAGGCUACUGGUGUAAUGCACUGAAAUAGAGGUUCAGUCUCUGUUGGACCACUAGUCAUACUUCAUUUUAGUGGACACACCCAAGGUGGCUUUUUUUGCAAUUCCCUAAACUUUGUGGACCUUUGCUGCUGACAGAAAGACCAGAAAACCACCAUGGUGAGGAAUGUGGAGAGUAGUUUGGAUGUGAGUGGUGAUAGUUUUAACUAACCAGCUGUUGUCUACACUGAAAGUCACCACAGCAUGGAAAUAUAACCACUGGCAUGACUAAUUCUGAUACAAUAAAACAAGUGUUUAUACCUGA